AUGACGCUCCAUGAAAAAACCAACCGAAAUGAUCUCACUGAAGAGAUCAUUUUCACCAUUCUUGACCAUCUUAACAGUCACCCUUUUGCUAAAAAGUCAUUCUCUCUCACUUGCAAAACGUUUUACUUGAUUGAGUCUCGUCACCGGAGAACCCUCAAGCCUUUCUGCACACAACUCUUGGAAAGAACCUCAUUUCGUUACCCUUUCAUUGCACAACUCGAUCUCUCGCUCUGUGCACAAGUUGAUGAUAAUGCAUUGAAUAUUGUUUCAUCCUCAUCCACAUGGAAGUCCAGUUUGUGGGGCGUGAACCUUUCGAGGUCAAGGUUGUUUAGUGAAGUGGGGUUGUCUAGUUUGUGUGUAAAUUGUGUGAAUUUGGUUGAGAUAGACUUGUCAAAUAUGUCAGAGAUGGGAGAUGUAGCGGCUGUAGCGAUUGCGGAGGCUAAGAAUUUGGAGAGCUUGUGGUUAGCGAGGUGUAAAUUGAUAACAGAUAUGGGGAUUGCACGCAUAGCCAUUGGUUGUAGAAAGCUGAGGUUACUUUGUUUGAAAUGGUGCUUGCGUAUUGGUGAUUUGGGGGUGGGGUUGGUUGCUUUGAAGUGUAAAGAGAUUAGGACUUUGGAUCUCUCUUACUUGCCGAUCACAGAGCAAUGUCUCCGGUCAGUCAUGCAACUACAAUAUCUUGAAGAUUUGAUUCUUGAGGGAUGCUACGGUAUUGAUGAUGAUGGUCUUGCUACACUUGAACAGAGUUGCAAGCCCCUAAAGGUUCUGAAUAUGUCUAACUGUCAAAACAUAAGUCAUGUUGGUUUUUCUUGUCUGACAAACGGUGCUGUUUCCCUACAGCAGCUUACUUUAGCGUACAGCUUUGCAUUCACUGCUGAUCUGUCAAAAUGUCUGCAAAAUUUCCCGGCAUUGCAGUCGGUUAAGUUUGAUGGUUGUUCUGUCACUUGUUCCGGGAUAACAGCCAUCGGAAAUUGGUGUGCUUCACUCACAGAAUUGAGUUUAAGAGCAUGCUCAGGAUUAACUGAUGAGCAGCUCUCUUUUGUUGUGCAAUCACAUAAAGAAUUGAAGAAGUUAGACAUAACCUGCUGCUGUAAGAUAACAUAUGUCUCUAUUGAUAGCAUUACAAAUUCUUGCACCUCACUCACUUCUCUGAGGAUGGAGUGUUGUAGCUCGGUUUCAAAGGAAGCCUUUGUUUUGAUUGGACAGCAUUGCCGAUAUUUGGAGGAAUUGGAUGUCACAGAUAAUGAAGUCGAUGAUGAAGGUUUGAAGUCCAUCUCAAGAUGUCCUAAACUUUUGAACUUAAAACUAGGAAUUUGCUCGAAUAUAACUGAUAAUGGACUCACACAUGUGGGUAAAGGUUGUUCAAUGCUCAAGGAGCUCGAUUUGUACAGGUCCACAGGAAUAACCGAUGUGGGUGUAGCAGCCAUUUCCCAUGGUUGUUCUUCACUUGAGGAGGUCAAUAUAGCUUAUAAUGACAGAAUUACAGAUGCCUCUUUAACGUCAUUGUCUAAAUGUUCAAGUUUAAGAGUUCUUGAAAUUCGGGGAUGCACUCAUGUCUCAUCAGUGGGUCUAUUAUCCAUUGCCAUGGGAUGCAGGCAACUUACAGUGCUUGACAUCAAGAAGUGCUUGAACAUUAAUGAUAAUGCAAUGCUUCCACUUGCUCUAUAUUCCCAAAACUUAAAACAGAUAAACUUGUCGUAUUGUUCAGUAACGGAUACUGGGCUCGUAACACUGGCUAACAUCAACCGCCUGCAGAACAUGACUAUAUUGCAUUUGAUGGGCUUGACACCAAAUGGUCUGACUGCUGCUCUGCUGUCGUGUCGAGGGUUGAAUAAAGUGAAGCUCCAUGCAUCCUUUAAACCGUUACUUCCUAGAUCAUUCCUGGGUUACAUGGAAGCCCAUGGUUGUGUGUUUCAGUGGAGAGACAAAGCAUUCUAGGUGCUUCCUUAUUGCCUUCUCAGCACAGCUCAAGAAUAUCUUGGUAAUCGUUUAUAUUAGAACUUUCACUUGUUAAGAGAUCAUAAUUCUUAGCUGUUCUGGCAUCUGCGGAUUUUUUUCUAUCUUCACUUACUGAUAAGCUUCUUAAUUAUCUAAUCAUCAUAUUUAAACUCCAUGUAUGAAGUCCUUGUUUGCUCUUAAGACUGAAGGAAUCCUCGCACUGUUGGCCCCAGA